UCCUUCCAAUGAAAUCCACUGCCAUCCCCAUUUCUCGCAUCGCAGCCACCUCCCCCGAAAACCCCCUAAUUGCAAUCGGGUCCAGUUCGCCCCCAAAUCCGCCAAGAGCUCCGCAAUUAACCGAGGAAUUCCACGGAUCAGCCGCCGCCCUGACCGUCCACGGUGAAGAUGGGAAUCUCCAGCAUGCCGGCGCCCAAGGACAGCCUGCUGGCCUACGUCCUGUACAACACGGCGGUGUCAGUCGCGACCCUGGCGGGCCUGGUGCGGGCGGCGCUGGUGUUCCUGGGCCUAGCCGUGCCGGCGCCGUGGGAGGACGGCAGCGACGACCACCACCAGCAGCAGCAGCAGCUCACGGCGAUCGCGGCCGCGGCCGCCACGGCUGGGCCGACCCUUGCCGAGAGGUUCCGGAGCAGGUUCCGGCCGUCACGGUUCGGGCGGCGCCGCGCCGGCGGCGGGGCCUCGGCCGACUGCCGCGUGUGCCUCGCCCGGUUCGAGCCGGAGUCGAUGGUGAACCGGCUCCCCUGCGGCCACCUCUUCCACCGCGCCUGCCUCGAGACCUGGCUCGACUACGACCACACCACCUGCCCGCUCUGCCGCCUCCGCCUCCUCCCCGCCGCCGACGACGCCCCCUCGUCGGCGCCCGCCCCCCGCCUCGCCCGGAUUUAGAUUGAGAGAUCUCCUGCCACCGGGUCAGAUCGGUGUGGCCCUGCCGUGUGCGCGUAGGAAUUUGGGAGGCUUAUUUAGCUCUAGUGCUCCCAAAUAGUAGCGCCCUUUUUUCCCUACCAUUUCGUGCCCUUUUUUCCUUUCUUUUUUUCUUUGCUCGUGUUUGCUGAUGUAUCUUGUAAAUAUUCGCAGAGUGCUCCGAGCGAUGUGUAGCACUUGAACUGCUGUGCACAGGCUUUUCGAAAGUGAAGAGAUGAGAAGAAAAGAAAACAUGAUGGAAAAAACGCCGAUCCUUUUUCUUUUUC